AUGUCUGCCGUCAUAAGAUUACGAGGCGAAACGCCCCAGCAGGUCCGAUCCUUGUACCGCCAAUUACUGCGACAGGGCGAGCAGUUUACUGCCUACAAUUUCCGCGAGUAUGCGAAGCGCCGAACGAGGGAUGCUUUCCACGAGCACAAGGGUGAAAAGGACUCGCGCAAGGUCCAAGAACUGCUUCAAAAAGGCCUCAAGGAGCUGCAAGCGAUGAAGCGCCAAACAGUCAUCGGACAAUUUUACCAGCUUGACCGAUUAGUCGUCGAAGGGAGACUAUCCGUAAGACCACCGUUGUCACUAUGUCGCAAGAACCUGGCUAACCGGAAACUGCGGCAGGACGCUGGCAAGGCUGGUCAAGUGACGAAGCAGUAA